AAUUCCCCUCCCUGCAUACCAGGCUUUCUCAACAUAUUUUUUUGGUUCUGUGGAAGAUAGAUCGGAUCGUUGAGGUCGAUUGUGUGGGCAACGACUUUAAAUCAUUAUGGCGUCAGUGACCGGAAUCCCUGAGAAUAUUAAUGGGCUGCGGGGAUCGGGCGAGGAUGAACCACUACUUGGACGACGAGGUGAUGCCAGUCAGAUGGAAGGAAAACCGCUAUAUUUGAAUGUGUGGAUUGGCACCGCGCCGAUUGCCCAGGCGGGCAUUUGGAUCCUUGCAGCGAUAGUAUGGGGAGCCAUCUUCUCUCAUAACUUAAUUUUCUUCUCUUCACAUCCCCUCCUCAACUCCGCCGGCAUCCUCCUCAUAACCCAAGCCGCCCUCAUUCUUCAACCAACACACACCCCCUCCCAAAAACGUGACGGGACCCUCGCCCACUUUGCCCUCAACCUCGUUGGCAUCUCUGCCCUCCUCGCCGGCCUCAUAAUCAUCGAAAUCAACAAAGCUGGACCCGGCCACGCACAUUUCGAGUCCCCGCACGCCAUCCUCGGGCUCAUAACCUACAUAUCCAUUUUCCUACAAGCAAUUGUUGGGUUCACGCAGUACUGGACUCCGAGUCUGUAUGGUGGUGUGGAUAAGGCUAAGGCUGUGUGGAAGUAUCAUAGGGUUAGUGGAUACAUGGUAGCGACAUUGGGGCUCGCGACGAUUUGUGCGGCGAGUUGGACAGACUAUAGUCUGGGGGUAUUGCAUAUACAGCAUUGGGCUGUUAUUGUGGCGAGUGUGCUGGUUCUGGUUGGACUGGUGCCGAGGAUCAAGUUGCAGAAGCUAGGAUUGAAAAAGGAGGAGGGGAGGCUGAGACUGAAUUCUGAGUAGAACCUUGCCUGAGGAGCUGGUUAGAAUAGUAGGUGUCUUUGUAAAGGUAUAAGAUGAGAGGGGGACGAGGAAGCGAAAACAAAACUGUGAUCAAUCGGUAUGGUAGGCGUUUUAAGGGUAUGAUUCAUUAGGGGUACUGUCUCUAUC